AUGAAUAGACCACGCAUUCUAUGCAAUGGCCUAAGGCGCCUGGCCUGCAGCCCGGCCGCUCGCCGGAGCUACAUUACCAAGGCAGAUAUUGAAGGCGCACGCCAGUACUGCGCAAAGGAAUUAGAAAAAGGCGACUACGAUGCACACCUCAUCCGUCGGUUCGCCCAUCCAGCGCAGGACAUGUACACGGCUCUGCGCGCCCUCAACCUCGAGCUCCUUCGCCUCCCGGACAUCGUCUCCAACCCGACCAUUGGCCUCAUGCGCAUCAAGUUCUGGCAAGAGUCCAUCGAUAAGACCUUUGCCGGGCAGCCGCCGCGCGAGCCCAUCUGCAUUUUACUGCACCAGGCGCUGCUAUUCAUGGAUCAGGUCGCCGACGCCGCGAGCAAAAAGUCAAUCAAGUUCUGGAUCGCGCGCCUGAUCCGCACCCGCGAGAAGCACAUGGACAACCGCCCCUUUGCGAGCCUGGCGACGCUCGAGGACUAUGCAGAAAACACCUACUCGACCAUGAUGUACGCGACGCUCGCAAGCCUGGGACUGCGGUCCAUGGAUGUCGACCACCUGGCCAGCCACAUUGGCAAGGCGUGCGGUAUCGCCGCCGUGCUGCGCGGUGUGCCGCUGCUCGCCGCGCCUCCACAGCCCAUCAAGACGCCGAGCGGCGCCGCCCCCCCGACGCGAGAGCCCGCGCUGCUGCUGCCGCUGGACAUCAUGGCGGAGGAGGGCGUCAAGGAGGAGGAAGUUUUUCGCGAAGGCCCCAGUGCGCCUGGCCUACAGGACGCCAUUUUCAAAGUCGCCACGCGCGCCAACGACCACCUCAUCACGGCGCGGGAGAUGCUGAAGCGACUGCGAGCGGGCGAGGAUGCGGGCCACGACUUUGAGCACGAGGGCGAAGGCGCACAUGUGUAUGAUGUCGAGCAGGAGAGCGACAGGGCGAGGGACCUGCACCGAGGGUUCCGUGUGCUGCUGGAAGCGGCGCCGGCGACGUAUUUCCUGGAGAGGCUGGAGCAGGCCAACUUUGACCCAUUUGCGGUGAAGCCGGCUGGAUGGAGACUGCCCUGGCGAGAUAUGGAUAGAUUAUACAUGUGA